GGUCAUAUUCUCGACUAAUUGCGACUUGGUUUGGACGUUCUGUCCCCAAUGAGAGGGCGUUUGCUGAGUUCCAAUGUCCACCAGACCUUUCGAAUGGCCCUGGCAGUAUAACUUCCCCCCAUUCUUCACCCUGCAGCCAAAUGCGGAGACUCGCAGAAAACAGAUCGACGCUUGGUGUCAAUUGGUAUUGGACUAUUUUAAACAGCAAAAUGUGUUCACUAUUAGCGUGAUCAGUCUUCGUGAUCCUGCAUGUCCCUUGUUUCACAACAAGUCGAUUCAGAGAACGGCGAGUCUCGAUUUAGUGACCAGCGUGUUGGAGGAACUUCAUAAACGAGGCAAUCUUGAAUGGACGGACAAAUCUCACAAAAACGCGCGGAUCAUUUGGCGAACUAUUGAAGAAUGGGCAGACAUUUUGUUCAAGUGGGCACGAUCUUCAGGCCAUGGAAACUCCGUGUGCACUCUGUACGAGCUCACGGAUGGAGAGGAGACAGAACAAGAGCCGUUUCAUGGACUAGACACCACCAUUUUGCUCGAGGCGCUGCAGUGUUUACAGAAGCGUGGUAAAGCGGAGCUUAUGGGUGAAGAAGGCGUGAAGUUCUUGUGUUCUUGAGACACACUGAUGCAUCAUUCCGAGUCCGAGAUUCACAUUCCUUAUCCCCCGGCUAACGAGAUGCUUUGCAAUGGUUGCAUCGCUUUCUUUGUUAUGAUGUACAGUGUUUGGUUUCAACUUACGAUGAUUCCUUUUGAUGAACCAUGCGAUCUUUGCUCCUUUUCUUCGAGUACAGCGCUUCAGCCAAGGAUCAAUUGCC